CUCUGGUGUGGUGGAGCAGCCAACCUCGUGCCUUGUUCUUUGUCAUCCUCCUUUCUCUUUGUGUUGGAUUAGGAGCCUGUAGUGUGGUGGUGUGACAGACAGUCGGUGAGCCUGGCAGGUUAAGAGUUAAAGACAAUCUGCCCGGCUGCUGAGGAGAGAGGGGGGCCGUGUUGGUUAUUUUAGUAUCGCACCACAGAAUUGGAAGGCCAGACGGGUGCAGGAGGGCUCAGAGUGACUGGGACAGUCGGUUAUACAGCUGGUACUGGACUGGACUGGGACACAAUUGGGUUAUACUGGGAAAUAACUAAUAAUACUUGUCUGCUGUACUGGGAGAGAAGUCUGGACUAUAUUAUUGAUAGAGUGCUGCUACUGUGUGACUGGAUUAGACAAGGACUAAGACUGGACUAUAUUUAAACUGGACUAGGUUAGACUGGACUGGACUCAGGCAUAACUCUUUAACUGCGAGAUUCGCUAAUACUGGUGAGAUUUACUGAGCUGGGCUGGACUGGCACAACCCUCUGCUACUGGAACUGCACGUCUACUGGAACGGUAGACCAGGCUAGAGAGUGGGGUCUGGAUACUGGUAGACAGAAUAAAGGAUUACUAGGAGACAGCUGCUUCUGGACCGGUGUUAUACUGGGAACAGUGGGAGGACUGGGAGAGACAAACUCACUCAGUGCCUCAUGAUCUGAGUCCCAAGGAGAAACAGGAGUUGGAGAGCAUACGGCGCAGGAAACAAGAACUACUGCAGGACAUACAGAGGCUGAAGGAUGAGAUAGAAGAGGUGACGAAUGAAAUUGACAACCUGGGCAUUACCAAAGAGAGAAAAAGCAUGCAGAGAAACAAGCAGGUGUCCAUGGGCCGUAAGAAGUUCAACAUGGACCCCAAGAAGGGGAUCCGGUUUUUGAUUGACAGCGGUCUGCUGAAGAACACCAGCAAUGACAUCGCCCAGUUUCUCUAUAAAGGGGAGGGGCUUAACAAGACCGCCAUCGGAGACUAUCUGGGGGAGAGAAAUGACUUCAAUCUUGAGGUUCUACAUGCCUUCGUGGAGCUGCAUGAAUUCACAGACCUCAACCUGGUCCAGGCCCUCAGGCAGUUCCUUUGGAGUUUCCGGUUGCCAGGCGAAGCUCAGAAGAUCGACAGGAUGAUGGAGGCGUUUGCCCAGAGAUACUGUCACUGUAACCCUGGGGUCUUCCAGCACAGCGAUACGUGUUAUGUGUUGUCGUUUUCUGUGAUCAUGCUGAACACCAGUCUCCAUAACCCCAAUGUGAAGGACAAACCCUCCCACCAGAGAUUCAGCGCAAUGAACAGAGGAAUCAACGAUGGAGGUGACCUGCCUGAGGACCUACUCAGGAACCUGUAUGAGGGUAUAAAGAACGAGCCCUUUAAAAUUCCAGAGGAUGAUGGGAAUGACCUCACACACACUUUCUUCAACCCUGACCGGGAGGGCUGGCUACUCAAACGAGGAGGAGGGCGUGUGAAGACAUGGAAGAGACGAUGGUUCAUCCUCACAGACAACUGCCUGUACUACUUUGAGUACACUACUGAUAAGGAGCCUAGGGGUAUCAUCCCUCUGGAGAAUCUGAGUAUUAGAGAGGUGGACGACUCCAAGAAACCAAACUGUUUUGAGCUGUUCAUCCCGGACCACAGGGAUCAGGUGAUCAAGGCAUGUAAGACCGAGGCGGACGGACGUGUUGUCGAGGGCAACCACACUUUCUAUCGAAUCUCUGCCCCCACAGCCGAGGAAAAGGAGGAGUGGAUCACCAGCAUAAAAAAUGCCAUCAGCAGGGACCCCUUCUACGAAAUGCUGGCAGCCCGGAAGAAGAAGGUGUCUGCCCUGACAAGUCUGUAGAAAAGACCCAGGCUCCAGCACUUCAGCAGGAGGAGCAGGCCUCACUCUAUUCUACAGCCCAGUGUUUGUGCCCAUGGACCUGAACUAAAGGACCUAUGGAACUGUAUACACAAGAAAGCAGAAGAUCCCCAAAGCCUGUUGGAAGUCUAGGUGGACGCUGUCAUCAUAUUGAUCUUGUUUUCAUCAGAUUCAUAAACACUGGAGGGGAAGGAUUAUGAAGGGGCACAGGGUUGGGACAGGAAUGCAGAGAGGAUUCAUGGCCUUUUUCAGCGCCCUCUACAGGAAGUUACAUAAUGCAAUAUUAUGCUUUGAUAAUUAACAGAGAAAGGCAACAUUAACCUAUUUUUACACAAACCUCUUUUUCUGAGGGUUCUUGUCAUAGUGCUGUUGUAACUACAGAACAUUUCUUUCUGAAUGGUUCUCAUAACAAACCACCACUGUUUCUCCUCUCUCUCCAUCUCUCUGUGUGUUUCUCUCGCUGUCUCUCUCUCUCCAUCUCUCUGUAUGUCUCUGUGUGUUUCUCUCGCUGUCUCUGUAUGUCUCUGUGUGUGUUUCUCUCGCUGUCUCUCUCUCUCCGUCUCUCUGUAUGUCUCUGUGUGUUUCUCUCGCUGUCUCUCUCUCUCUCAGUAUGUCUCUGUGUGUCUCUCUCUCUCUGUCUCUGUUUCUCUCUUUCUUUGGUUCCAUGUUUGUUUAAAUGUGUCCAGGUAAUUGAUAGGAAUUGCCAGGGACUGACCUCACGAUGCAAUAUCACGCUACUUAGGUGCCGAUGCGAUUCUCACGAUUCUAUAUGUAUUGAGAUUCGAUACUGCAAUUCGAUAUUCCAAACAUAUUUCUCAGGAUAUGUCUGCUGCAGAGGGACAAGAGAGCCAUGAGAUAACGAGUUUUGAUCAGCCAUGGAAAUGCUGAAAACAAAUUGGCUCCCCAUUUCAAAAUAAGAUGGAGAACAAGCUAUAAAGGAGUUUUGGUGCAGGUUAAGCCAACUGGCGCAACAGUAAUAUUGCCAUUUUGUCAAAACGAUAUGAUACAUCAUCAAAAAUAAUAUCCCGAUAUGUAACCGUACCGAUUUUAUUGCCGCAUCACUAGUAAUUGGGCUGUCAGUGAGCCAGGGUUUGAGAUCUGGGAGCUGAGUUGGGAAGUUGCAAAAAACUGUCUCUGCCCAAAGCCUUUCUCUGCCAUCACUGUAUUAGUUCUGAUCUUCAUUUAGUUUUUUUGUGUUGAUACCUCUGUUACUGCAACUGCAGUCACGUGGAAGGAGGAGGAAUGGUGGAAGGGGGAGGAAUGGUGGAAGGAGGAGGAAUGGUGGAAGGGGGAGAAUGAAAUGUGUGAGAGGUAGACAAAGGAUCAAAACAUAUCACUUUGUUUCGGGUUGAACUAUUCAGUCUUUUAUUCUGAUAUUGUGACAAUUAAAAGUACUUUUGUAGAAGCAGCAAUAUGUUUGCAGAGAAAGGAUUUGUUGAAUAAAUAAAAGACCUAAGGUCUAAGACCUUAUUACAGUGUUA